UAGGCCCACUCUUGUAAAGCGGGAGAAAAACAUUAGCCCGCCGCUCAGUACCUGCGCGCCGACCACAGCGGGACCGACGAGAUCCACCGCGGGCGCCGAGACACCAAGCGGAUAUAAGGAGGGAAGGAACCCGACGGGAGGUGUCGGUUGCCAUGGAGGGUGAGGUUGUUCCCAUGGAGACCACUCAGACUACUGCCCUGACUCCAGAUGGAAAGGUCCUGCCGGACGGUGUAGGGGACUUGAUUCAGGAGGCGGCAAUAGCUCCACAGGAGGGGGUGGCUGGAAACAUGGAGAUGAUGGUGAUGGAUGCUCUUGAUCCGACUCUGCUGCAAAUGAAGACUGAGGUGUUGGAGGGAGGUGGUACCGUGACUGUUACUGGUGGAGACGAGGGUCAGAUUAUCACGCUCCAGGUGGUGAAUAUGGAGGAGCAAGCAGGUGCAGCAUUAGGCCUUGGUCAGCUUCAACUGGUUCAGGUACCAGUCACAACAACUGUUGAGGGGCUCCAGGCCACCUAUGUUGAUGCAUCAACUGCCAACAAGGACGUUGAGCCAGUUAUAUGUCACACUCUUCCCUUGCCUGAGGGCUUCCAGGUGGUAAAAGUGGGUGCGAAUGGUGAAGUGGAGACUGUUGAACAGGAGGAGCUCCAGGCAGCCCAUGAGGAGCUUCAGGGGACUGUAGGAGAGGAGGUGGAGGAGGAGGAAGAAGAUGCAGCAGAAGUACAACCACCUGUGGCUCAGGAAGAAGACCCAGAAUGGACAAAGGACCCAGACUAUCAGCCCAUCACCUCUAUACGGAAAUUUAAGAAGGGAAAGAAGAGCCGCCUGCGCUACGCAGAGGACGACCGUGGCAUGGAUGUUUCUGUGUAUGACUUUGAAGAAGAGCAACAGGAAGGGCUGCUAUCGGAGGUCAAUGCUGAGAAGGUUGUGGGCAACAUGAAGCCACCAAAGCCCACUAAAAUCAAGAAAAAGGGUGUAAAGAAGACUUUCCAGUGUGAACUGUGUAGCUACACCUGUCCAAGGCGCUCCAACCUGGACCGACACAUGAAGAGCCACACAGAUGAGAGACCACAUAAGUGUCACUUGUGUGGAAGAGCUUUCAGAACAGUCACACUGCUGAGAAACCACCUCAAUACACACACAGGCACUCGGCCACAUAAAUGCACAGAUUGUGACAUGGCAUUUGUGACCAGCGGUGAGUUGGUGCGUCAUCGUCGCUACAAGCACACUCAUGAGAAACCAUUCAAGUGCUCCAUGUGUGACUAUGCCAGUGUGGAGGUGAGCAAGUUGAAAAGACACAUCCGUUCUCAUACAGGGGAGCGACCCUUCCAGUGCAGUCUGUGCAGUUAUGCCAGCAGAGACACUUACAAGCUGAAGAGACACAUGAGGACACAUUCUGGUGAGAAGCCAUACGAGUGCUACAUCUGCCAUGCCCGUUUCACACAGAGCGGCACCAUGAAGAUGCACAUUCUGCAGAAGCACACGGAGAAUGUGGCUAAGUUCCACUGCCCCCACUGUGAUACUGUCAUUGCGCGCAAGAGUGACCUUGGUGUUCAUUUGCGGAAGCAGCACUCUUUUAUUGAGACGGGUAAGAAAUGUCGUUACUGUGAUGCUGUAUUUCAUGAGCGCUAUGCUCUCAUCCAACACCAGAAGACCCACAAGAAUGAGAAACGUUUCAAGUGUGAGCAGUGUGACUACUGCUGCAGACAGGAACGCCACAUGAUAAUGCACAAGCGUACACACACAGGGGAGAAGCCAUUUGCUUGCAGCCAGUGUGAGAAAACUUUCCGCCAGAAGCAGCUCCUGGACAUGCACUUCAAGCGCUACCAUGAUCCCAGCUUCGUCCCUACCGCCUUUGUCUGCAACAAGUGUAACAAGACAUUUACCCGCAGGAACACAAUGCUGCGUCAUGCUGACAGCUGCAAUGGUGAAAGUGGUGAAGAAGAAAAUGGAACCCCCACACCCAAAAAGGGUCGUCGUGGCAGAAAGAGGAAGAUGCAGGCCAGGACAACUGAUGAUGAGGACACAGAGUUGGACGAGGCAGAGGAGGAAGACGAGCUGCUAGCUGAGAUUGAGAUGGAACAGGCUUCACCAGUCGUCCCUAUCCCAGCACCUGUGGAACCACCGGUCAAGAGGAAACGUGGACGACCCCCAAAGAACAAGCCAAGCACGGCUGCAAUCAUCCGUGUCGAGGACGAGGCCACUGGAGAGGUUGAUGACAUCAUUGUGAAGAAGGAAGUCGAGGCCGAACAAGAUGACCAGGAGGAUGGCGAAGAGGGGGCUGUAGAGGAGGUGGUGGUCGGUGGAGAGAAGUCAACCAUUCAGAUGGAGGAGUUGUCCCAGGAAGAGGGGACAACACAGGAAGCGGAGUUGUCCGCGGCCCCACCCAACGGGGACCUGACCCCCGAGAUGAUCCUCAGCAUGAUGGACCGGUGAUGGACGUGAACCUUUAAACGCACCACAUCUUAAUUUUUAAUUCUUGGCAUUUAGGAUCACAAACACUUGCAUCCUGCCCAGUGACAAACAUCACUGUUGUAAUUUAAGAUUUUGAUUUUUAAUCAUGUAUCAACAAAGACUUGGAUGAAAUGAAAAAUAUUUUAAAUAAGGAUUUGCCUACCAAAAAAAUAAUUUUCAGUACAUUUGAGUUUGAAGUGGCUGUAAUUGACAGCAGUGUCUCAUUGUUGACAAUUGUUUCUCAGCUAUAUGUCUAUCUAACAAAAUCUCAUGGCUAUUUUUUUCCAAAAUGGUCCAAUUAUGUGUUUCAUCACACAUUAAAUUAAGACCGUUUUAUAGAAUUGUUUUUUCUUCCAACUAUUCUUAAAGUCUUCUGUUGUGUUAUACAACUGUUUCAUUGGGUAAAGGUUGUGAGGAGUUGUGGACCCUGCUUUAUUUUGGUGUCUAUAAUUCCAAUAAAUGUUAAAUAAUAAGUAGUUUGCACAUACACCUGCUCAGUAGUGGGGUUUUUAGAGGGAAGCAUAAUAGCAAAAACAAGUAUAUUAAGCUUAAGUUCAAAGUCGCUGUGAAACUAAGUGACAACCUUCAGGAAGAUACUGCCAUUAAUCACAGCCACUUCAAGAUAAGAACAUUUUAAUAUUUUUCCCUUUUUCUAUUUUAUUUGUUUUCCCCUGUGGUAACUAGGUCCCCUUUUAAGCAUUUGUUUUUAAAAGCUUAGUAGACUGCUUAUCUUAAGCUCCUUCCUCUUAUUGUAACACCCAUAGAUGAUGCAUAUGUACAUGUACUAAACAUUGUCUCUAAUAAGUGCAGGAAACACUGUUUUGUUCCAUUAUGUAGCCAUUCCACUUUGGGUUGAUGUUUUCUUUUGUACCAUUGGCAAUGCUAUGUAGCAGCUUGGAUGACAUUUUAUUAACUGUGUGGCAGAUAAAAACAGAUGUAUGACUGUACAACCAAUAAAAAAAAAUUGGACAUUGA